AUUCAGAAUAUUUCCAGUUUUUCUGCCCUGAAAUCGCGUUGGAUGCCUUCAAGCUAUUGUUGGGAAAUGAUAUAGUAGAGUGUUUCGAGAAUCAGACUGCAACGCUGCUCAAACAGGGUAAUCGGACAGUUACUGUUUUAUUUGGGUAACCAGGCGGAAGUAUUUGACCUUUCACCUGCGAAAGCGAUUUUCCGCCAUUUUGGGUCCGCCAUUUUGUCCAGGGGCAGGAAGAUAGUUUUUUUUCUGAAAUCUGAGCCGAUUCAGCGCUUUACCGACCCUACAACAACAGAAACACACAGAAAUGGCUGAGAGAAGCUGUGAGAUUCCUCUGCGAACAGACAAACACUACAAAUGUGACCAGUGCGACUAUUCUACUGCACAGAAAGGCCAAUUGAACCGACACACGGCUAAACACUCUGUACACAAACCCUACAAAUGUGACCAGUGCGACUAUUCUGCUUCAGAGAAACGCGAUUUAGCCGAACACAUGUACAAACACACUGGAGACAAACCCUACAUGUGUGAGGAGUGUGGAUACAGGACAGCUUACAGACGUAACCUCUCAGUACAUAUGAGAAAACAUACUGGAGACAAACCCUACAAAUGUGACCAGUGUGACUACUCUACUGCACAGAAAUUCAAUUUGGACCGACACGUGGCCAAACACACUGGAGACAAACCCUACAUGUGUGGGGAGUGUGGAUUCAGGUCGGCUGACAGGCGUAACCUAUCCAGGCACAUGACAACCCAUACUGGUGAGAAACCCUACAAGUGUGACCAGUGUGACUAUUCUGCUGCACAGAAAUUCAAUUUGGAACGACACAUGGCUAAACACACUGGAGAAAAACCCUACAUGUGUGGGGAGUGUGGAUUCAGGAUGGCUGACAGGUCCGACCUAUCCAGACAUAUUUGGACUCAUACAGCUGAGAAACCCCACAAAUGUGACCAGUGUGACUAUUCUGCUGCACGGAAAGCUGAUUUAAACCAACACAUGGCUAAACACACUGGGGAAAAACCAUACAAAUGUGACCAGUGCGACUAUUCUACUGCACAUAAAGGCCAUUUAGCCGAACACAUGUUUAAGCACACUGGAGACAAACCCUACAUGUGUGGAGAGUGUGGGUACAGGACAGCUGACAGGUCUACUCUAUCCAAACACAUGGCUAAACACACAGGAGAAAAACCCUACAAGUGUGGGAAGUGUGGAUUCAGGACGGCUUACAGGUUUGCUCUCACCCGACAUAUGAGGACCCAUACUGGUGUGAAACCAUAGUAACCAGUGGGACUAUUCCACCACAUAUAAAGUCUAUUGAGCCACACAAAUGGCUAAACAUACCGGAGCCAAACUGUAUAAAUGUUUGGGGAGUGUGGACGCAGGACAGCUUUUAGGCCUAACCUAUCUUCAUACACAAAGCCCCUGCUGUACUUAGUGGCAGUGAGUUCCACAAUGUUAUACAUGUACUAUAUACUAGUAGUUCAAAAGGACUAUAACUUUAGUAUUAGGUAACUAUGUACUAUAUAGCUUGGUAUUAGUUC